GUGAAAUUUAGGGUUUCGUAUCCUUAUUGUUUCCAGGUUCGCCUCGCCUCCCCUACGAUUUUUCUAGAUAAAAUGCCUCGCUACGACGAUCGUUACGGUGGUACACGGCUCUACGUUGGGCGCCUGUCUUCACGUACGAGGUCCCGUGAUCUGGAUGACCUGUUCAGUCGUUAUGGAAGGUUUCUUGGCUUAUGCCAAACCUGGAGGUCUAUGGUGAGAGGGUUCCCUUGGUGGAUUUGGCGAGUCUUUCUAUUAUGUUAUUGCCUGUUUUUAUGGAAAUGCCAAGAAUCUCAGAAUGGUGUUUAGUUCAUCUAUGAGGGGCGAGGUGUCAACCCUUUGGUACUUGUAUCAAAUGAUGGCCUUACCUGUUUCUGGAACCAAUUUGCGCAGAGUACGCGAUGUGGAUAUGAAGCGAGACUAUGCAUUUGUUGAGUUUAGUGAUCCCCGUGAUGCUGACGAUGCAAGAUAUAGUUUAAAUGGGCGGGAUGUCCAUGGAAGUCGAAUCAUUGUGGAAAUAGCUAAAGGGGUACCUCGUGGUCCUGGUGGAUCCCGUGAGUAUCUUGGUCGAGGUCCUCCAGGAACUGGCCGUUGUUUCAAUUGUGGGAUCGAUGGCCACUGGGCUAGAGAUUGCAAGGCUGGAGAUUGGAAAAAUAAAUGUUAUCGAUGCGGCGAACGGGGUCACAUAGAGAAGAAUUGCCAGAACAGUCCCAAGAAAUUGAAGCGUGGAAGUUACUCACGUUCGCCAAGCCCUCGCCGUGGUAGAAGCCGCAGUCGUAGUUACAGCAGAGGUCGAAGCUACAGUCGAUCUAGAUCUCCUGUAAAAAGAGAUAGAAGCCUUGAACGAUCAGAUAAAAGAUCAAGGAGCCCGAGAGGCAGAUCAAGCCCAAAGAGGCACAGUUUGUCACCUCCUCCAAAAGCUAUGAAACGUAGCCCAACUCCUGAUGAAAGGAGUCCAGAAGAAGAUGCAAGACGUAGUCUGUCCCCUGGAAAUCGUGACAGCCGCAGUCCUAGAGGUAGAAGCAGAAGCCCAAGAGGAAGGAGCAGGAGUCCAAUGGAUGAAGGUGAGGACUUCAACGGUGGAGGAAGUAGAAAUUAUCGAAGGGAAGAGAAUGGAUACAGUCGCAGCCCCAGCCCGUUGCCUAGAGAAGAAAGGAGUCCUGUAAACGACGAAGAUAACAACGGUUCUCCAAGGGGUGGCAGUGAAUCUGGCUAAUAGAGACAGUUCCUUAUUUUGCUUGUGCUUAAACACAUGCGUUUGCGUUGGAAUUUUAUAAGAGAGACUUAAAUAGUGUAUUGUGAUUGAAUCCCUCAAAUGUUCAUCAGCACCGUAUUUUUUUCCUAUUUAUAAUUCCAGCUUAAUUAUGAUAAAUUAUAUAUAAUAAUCUGUUUCUUAUUAUUUCGGUAA